UAUCUUGCUGCAUCUGAAAGCAUGGGUAGCAAGAAACUAAGACGAGUGGGUUUAUCACAAGAGCUGUGUGACCGUCUGAACAGACAUCAGAUUGUUACCUGUCAGGACUUUCUAUGUCUUUCCCCACUGGAGCUUAUGAAGAUGACUGGCCUUAGUUAUCAAGGUGUCCAUGAACUUUUGUGUGUGGUCAGCAGGGCCUGUGCCCCACGGAUGCAAACGGCUUAUGAGAUAAAGACACAGAGGUCUGCUGCUCCAUCACCAGCAUUUUUAUCUACAACCCUCUCUGCUUUAGAUGAAGCCCUGCAUGGUGGUGUAGCUUGUGGAUCCCUCACAGAGAUUACAGGUCCACCAGGUUGUGGAAAAACUCAGUUUUGUAUAAUGAUGAGCAUUUUGGCUACAUUACCUACCAACAUGGGAGGAUUAGAAGGAGCUGUUGUGUACAUUGACACGGAGUCAGCAUUUAGUGCUGAAAGACUGGUUGAGAUAGCAGAAUCUCGUUUUCCCAGAUACUUUAACACUGAAGAAAAAUUACUUUUGACAAGCAGUAAAGUUCAUCUUUAUCGGGAACUCAGCUGUGAUGAAGUUCUACAAAGGAUUGAAUCCUUGGAAGAAGAAAUUAUUUCAAAAGGAGUUAAACUUGUGAUUAUUGACUCUGUUGCUUCUGUGGUAAGAAAGGAGUUUGAUACACAACUUCAGGGCAACAUGAGAGAAAGGAACAAGUUCUUGGCAAGAGAAGCAGCCUCUUUGAAGUAUUUGGCUGAGGAAUUUUCAAUCCCA